AUGGGGUAUGAAAAAAUUGGCGUUGGCUGUCAAGAUAUCAAUGAAUGUCAAUCUGAUCCUUGCGAUGUAAACGCAAAUUGUACCAAUACUGAUGGUGCAUAUGAAUGUACCUGCAAUAAGGGAUAUGAAGGCAAUGGCACAACUUGCGCAGAUAUCAAUGAAUGCAUGUCAAAUCCGUGCGAUGUUAACGCAAAUUGUACCAAUAUCGAUGGUGGAUAUGAAUGUUCCUGCCGCAGUGGAUACGAAGGGAACGGCACCAGCUGUACAGAUAUCAAUGAAUGCGGAUCAAAUCCCUGCGACGUAAAUGCAAAUUGUACAAACAAUGAUGGUUCGUAUGAAUGCACCUGUCACAUGGGGUAUGAAAGCAAUGGCAUCAGUUGUGCAGACAUCAAUGAAUGCCAAUCAAAUCCCUGUCAUUUAAAUGCAAAUUGCAACAAUACCGAUGGUGGAUAUGAAUGUGCUUGCUACAAAGGCUAUGAGGGGAACGGUACCAAUUGUGCAGAUAUCAAUGAAUGUCAAACUAAUCCUUGCGAUGUAAACGAGACUUGUACCAAUAAUGAAGGUGGAUAUGAAUGUACCUGCAAAAAAGGAUAUCAACGAAAAGGCAGAGCCUGUGCAGAUAUAGAUGAGUGUAAUAUGCCACCGGGAGCAUGUAGAGGAACAGGUCAAAGAUGUACCAACUAUCCUGGUGGACACAGCUGUAGCUGCAUCAUUCCAAGACAACUGCUUAGCGAUGGACAAUGUGUUGAUAUUGUGGCGUCUAUCCAAGGUCAAUUGCGGAUACAGAAUCGUCAAUUUCUCGUUGCCCACGGUAACCAAGCAAGCUUUGAGUAUUUCAAAUUUACUGAGGAAAUAAGUAAUGGGUUGGAAAAUCUUUUCAAAAAAACAGAGACAUUGGCAUCUACGUUUAAAGCAAUCACCAUUAUACGAUUAUUCAACGGAUCCGUUGGUGUCGACUACGUCGCAGGAUUUAGCAGCGCGACAGGAUUGAGUAGUGAAAAUAUUCAAAAUGAAAUAUCCAGGGCAGUAACGUUCUCAGAGAGUGGCGCGUAUCUUGGUAACGACUUUAAAAUCAGUGACAGCACCAAUAUUACUCAAUUGCAAAUGGAAUUAGCAGAAUUGUUCAAAUUUACAGAUUACAAUGAAUGUGCCCAAGAGACUGUUUGUUGGGAAAACUCGAAAUGCGUCAACACAAACACCAGCUAUAACUGUGUGUGUCAUGAGGGAUUUGAACCUGUCGACGAUGGGACUGGUUGUAUUGCUGCGAAAAAAGGUGUUAGUAAAGACGAUGUUAACGUUGUCAAGACACUGCUUGUGGCAAUCAUUGUAUGGCUUACCUUGUGUUUUGUGACAACCUUAAUCAUCACUGUGAUAGCGGUGUUCAGCGUUUGUAACUCCUUCGGCAGUGAGGCAAGUGCAGAGGAGUUUGGAAAAGAUAUGGAAGUCGUACCUGUCUCUAUCACUACUCCUGCAUACAAAUCACAUCUGGUAAUGGAUGGUUACUAUGUAAACGAGUAACCAUCCAGUUGCACCAACACCAUGCAUUUAUUAAAUUUCUUUGCUUCACGAAGAUGAAACAUUUUCGAAGCUCUAAUGAAAAUUAAUCUGUUUUUAUAUGCAUAUAUAAAGACGUAUAAUUAUGAAGACGACAUAUCUUAACACGUAUUACAUAAGUUCCUGAAAUGUUUUUUAUAAUGUUAAAAUUCUGCUACUUUGCAUGGUAUUUUAAGGGAUGCACAGGAUAAAAUCCUUUUUAACACACGAAUA